CCCUGCGAAGCGCGACGUAGCCGGAAGCGGGUGGCGACCGGGUGGGCGGCCGGCGCGCGUCCUCUGUGCAGUUCGCGGCACGGCAGACCCUGGCCCGACCGCCGCCAAGACCCCCCGCCCUGACCCCAGCCCGACCCGGCGCAAAGGAUCUAGCGCCCUGCCUGCACCAUGGCCAGCCCAAGAACCAGGAAAGUUCUUAAGGAAGUUCGGGCGCAAGAUGAAAACAAUGUGUGUUUCGAGUGCGGCGCCUUCAACCCACAGUGGGUGAGCGUGACCUAUGGCAUCUGGAUCUGCUUGGAGUGCUCGGGGAAGCACCGUGGGCUUGGGGUUCACCUCAGCUUCGUCCGCUCCGUCACGAUGGACAAGUGGAAGGAUGUGGAGCUGGAGAAGAUGAAGGCGGGCGGGAACGCUCGGUUCCGGGAGUUCCUGGAGUCUCAGGAGGACUACGACCCCUGCUGGUCGCUGCAGGAGAAGUACAACAGCAGGGCUGCUGCCCUCUUCAGGGACCGGGUGGCCGCUCUGGCUGAAGGCAAAGAAUGGUCUCUGGAGUCAUCACCCGCCCAGAGCUGGACUCCACCUCAGCCCAGGACACUGCUGUCCUCUGCCCACCGAGCCUCCGGCCUGGUGCAGAACUCCACCGCCUCUGGGGACAAGGCUUUCGAAGACUGGUUGAAUGAUGACCUUGGCUCCUAUCAAGGGGCCCAGGAGAACCGUUAUGUGGGGUUUGGGAACACGGUGCCGCCUCCAAAGAGGGAAGACGACUUCCUCAACAGCGCCAUGUCGUCCCUCUACUCGGGCUGGAGCAGCUUUGCUACCGGAGCCAGCAGGUUCGCCUCAGCGGCCAAGGAGGGCGCGACAAAGUUCGGGUCCCAAGCAAGUCAGAAGUUCUGGGGUUCCAAGCAGCAGCCAGAGCUGGCAUCGGAGUUGGGCCACAGUCUGAAUGAGAGCGUCCUUAAACCCGCCCAGGAGAAGGUGAAGGAGGGGAAGAUUUUUGAUGAUGUGUCCAGUGGGUUCUCUGAGCUGGCGUCCAAGGUCCAGGGAGUUGGCAGCCGGGGCUGGAGGGACGUCACUACGUUUUUUUCUGGGAGAGCAGAGGAUUCAUCAGACAGGUAUACUGUGUCCAUUCCUGAAGUGGGCUUCCUUCUGAGAUCUCCCCCAGAUCUCAGAGGCAGGGCGUCUCCCCCAGGGCCUUGGGUGACAGUCAAAAGCCCCUGGAGCCCUGGAGGUGCAGGGAGGCAUGUCGGUCCCUCAGCCUCUUACUCUGAAGCCUUGCCUUCUACCUCGGUAGCUACUGCUGCCCAGGUGGUGGGGGUGGUCUCAUCGUUGCCCUUGUGGGACAGGCUGAGGGACAGGAAGGACCGCUGGGCUUUGACCCACCUCCUCAGGGUCUCCAGCGCUCAGGGCUCUGCCCCGGCCUUCCUGCUGGGAGCCAGGUGGGCCAGCUUUCUCCUCCGACUCGGAUGGGACCCUGGGGCUCUGAUGGAUGAGCUUAUGCCCGGCCCAGAGUGGCAGCCACUCUGCCAAGGUGGGUGCUGUCGGUCUGCCUCCUCAUGGACCAGCUGCUUCCUCCCGGCGCUGUUGGACGUGUUCAGUGGUGAGGUUGCGGUUGGGUGAGGAAGUCUCGUCCUGAGCUGGUUCCACAGUGCAGAGAAGGGUCAAGUCUCUGAGUUUUCUUCCCCUCAUUUGUUGCAGGAAAGUAGUAUUUUACAUUUUCCUCUGAAACAUCCUCCAUGUGGGUGGGACUGAUGGAGGGUGGGCUCUGAUGGCAAGUGGCCUGAGUCCUUGCAUCAGGUUCCACGGCCUCAACUCCAUGGUGGAGUCACCCCGAGGCUGGGUGUCCUCUGCCCUUGAGAACAACGGCUCCAGGACUCUGAGAGGCGUGGGCUGGGACUCUGGGUUGGAGCUCAGACUUAGCUAGGGAGAGGCUGAGGGGAGGCCAGGUGGCUUGGGGCCCCCGUGGUGACCUGGUUCUGGAAGCUCAGAGAGCCCUAUCUGUCCCAGACCCCCGGAGGGCCCGAGCUACCAGAACAGUGGUGGGGACAACUCCCAGAACACCCUCGACCAGAGCUUCUGGGAGGCCUUCGGGAGCGCCGACCCUGCCAGGGCCCACCGGUCCCCAAGUAGCGACAGCUGGACAUGCGCGGACGCCUCGGCCGACAAGAGGAGCUCGGACAGCUGGGAUGUGUGGGGCUCGGGCUCUGCGUCCGCGUCCAACAAUAGGAUCAGCGACAACAGCGACGGUGGGGAGGCCUGGGGUGGUGGCGGGGAGGGCCGGGCCAAGGUCGCCAAGAAGGCCACGCCGCCACCCACGGUGGACGAUGGCUGGGACAACCAGGACUGGUAGGGCCCCAAGGCCGGUGCAGCGGCCGCUCCGCCUGCUCCCUCUUUCCAUUCCACCCAAGAAACGCCGGACGUGCAAGAAGACAGCCUCAGCCGAGACCCAAGAGCCACGUGCCUGUGGGAGUAGGGGCACUUCUGUGCCCCUGUGCUCGCUUUUCGGGGGACCCAAGCCAGGUGCUGUCGCAGGCAGGGCUCCCUGCUGCUGCAGGGCCAGCACACCCAGCCCCUCCCCAGAGAGCUCGGUAAUAAACGCUCUCGGUGUUGCACGCGGCCACACGUGCUCGAGGCCUGAUUUUCCUUGAA